AUGCCGCGACGUCUUUCACCAGCGGUCAGUGAAGAAUCGAAACCCGAGAUGGACGCCAAGACAAUCGCAGAGGCCAAGGAGGAUGUCGUUCACAAGAAGGCCGCAAGUCCCAGUGUCAGUGAUCUCGCAAAAUGCUGUCUCCGCUAUUACGGGUUGGGGUUGAAGCUCCUUCGAGACAACACGCUCCAUCCCGACAAGUGCUUUCAGAGUCUUAUCCGCUUCACCAAGAAGACCAGUGACGACGAGCGUAAGGACAUCGUCACUACCACAAUAUUCGUCAACGCCCUGCUACCGGCACCAAUUGCCCCCAAGCAGUUGAUAGCUGCUCGUGAUGCGUAUCCAAUGAAUCCAGUCUUCAUCGGCAUGGUGCGCGGUCGGCUCAGAAUCUGGGAAUAUGAAUGGUGGCAGGAUGAGGCAAUUGGUCUCCCACAAUUGAGCAAAGUCUUCGCAAAAGGAGGUCGGAAAGAAUUCACUGCAAUCCACGAAGACGCGAAGGCAAAGCUCGUCUCUCUGCUGGACGACAUUGUGGUGGGCGUCACGCCGGACAACAAUGACAAAGACGCGGAGGACGAUGCCGGUGCCGAUAGCAGGCGUGUCUCAGACUCUUCUGAUGCUCAAGCUGCUUAUGAUCUAGCCGAAGAUUCUGAUUCCGAGGGGACGAUCUUCUGA